AUGUCAGUAAAGGAGGCCCUAUGUAUUGUGUCGAAAGUUUUCGAAGGGAACAAGAAGGAUUUAAGAGAAUUUAUCGAAAAUGUAGAUGCAGCUUUUGAAUUAGUAAAGCCUGAGGAACACGAAACAUUAUUGAAGUUCGUUAAAGCAAAGAUAACCGGUGAGGUCAGGUCGAGAUUGCAGGUGCGUGAACGCACAGGUACGUGGCAAGAGGUGAAACGCGUUUUAGAAGAAAAUUAUGCCAGUAAGCGUACUAUAGACUACUACGCAUGUAAAAUUUUCCAAGCCAGACAAGGACAAGGGGAACCGAUAGCAAUGUGGGCAAGCAGAAUUGAUGAAAUGCAGAGAGACUUUCGAGAAGCAGUAAACAGAGUUACGGCCAGAGAAAACUUGAGAGGUGCAAUAGAACUAGUUGAUUCCUUAGGAAGAGCGUGCUUUAUACAGGGUUUAAGUAAUGACAGAAUACAAACAAUAGUGAGAAGCAGAGGCGACGAAAUUACGUUGGCAGCAGCAGUGGAGUUGGCACUGCAGGAAGAGAGUGCGAUAUUGUCCAUGAAAGAGCGGGGACUAGCCCCGAGGGUAAAACAUAUAAAUACUACAGCGUACCACCCUGAGUCAAAUGGUGCUCUAGAAAGGAGUCAUAGAACAAUUGUAGAAUAUCUCAGACACUUUGUAACAGGAGAUCAAAGUUCAUGGGACAAAUGGGUGCCGUAUGCAAUUUUUGUGUUCAACACUACACCACACAGCAGCACAGGUUAUACACCAUUCGAGUUAAUGUACGGAAGGAAGGUUACCAUACCAGGAGUACUGCAGCAAGAAACACCGCAGCCAGUGACCAAAUUUCAUAUUAUUGUAACUGAUGUUGAGUUCCUUGUGGGAUACAUCUUCAAGUACUUCAAAAAUAUAUCAUGCACUGCCACCAGCUACUUUACUCCACCCAGGGGACCUGUUAUAUCGAUAGAUGUUAGAUGA